AGCUCAGACUGCAGGAACAGGCAACAUCUGCAAGGACCUUUGCUGAACAGCUGGCUCUACAUUAGGAAUGGAAAACCCCAACUCGUCUCAGGUCACCAUGAACCAAUCAGACGUUGCCAGCAUCUUCACCAAGCAGGUCCUUCCUCCUCUCUACAUCAUCAUCUUUGUUGUGGGCAUAUGUCUAAAUGUCGUGGCUGCCUGGAUCUUCUUCAGAGUCCCAGCAGACUCGGGUCUCGUUGUCUACCUGAAGAAUAUGGUGGUGGCUGACCUCCUCAUGCUGUUCUCCUUCCCCUUCCGGGUGGCUGCUUAUUGGGGCAUUGGGAGUCGGUAUAUAGAGGUGAUCAUCUGUCGCUACACCGCCGUGUUAUUCUACUUCUCCAUGUAUGUAGGAAUUCUCUUCAUAGGCUUCAUCAGCCUUGAGCGCUAUAUCAAAAUUGUUUGCCUCGCCCCUUCCUCCUCCACCAUUCCCUCCUCCAAGUCCAGAUGUAGUGUAGUGUUUGUGCUACAACUUAUACAGAGUGGCACCUUUGCCCGGGUUCUGGCAGUUGUCUCAUGGGGCCUCCUCUUCUUGUGCUGUGCACCCAAUACCAUAUUGACGAGCAAUCUGGCGGAUGAGCAAAACUACAGAAACUGUAUGAUGUUGAAAACAGCUCUGGGCAGGGAGUGGCACCAAGCGUCUAGCCAUGUCAGUGUGUCCCUGUUCUGGGUGACACUCGUUAUGGUGACUUUCUCCUACACAUCAAUUGCUCGCCAGGUGUGUAAGACGUACCGCCGCAUGCCACGCGACACCAGUGACAUCUGCCGUAAAUCCAACCGCAGCAUCUUCAGCAUCCUGGUGGUGUUUUUCAUCUGCUUUGUGCCGUACCAUGUCUGCCGUGUGCCGUUUACUCUGAGUCAGAUGACCACUUCAGGCUUCAGCGAAGGUGCCAAGUUUUGGCUUUUCCAGAUUAAAGAGGGAACGCUAUUCUUGUCGGCAAUGAAUGUCUGCCUCGACCCUGUAAUCUACUUCCUGAUGUGUGGAACCUUCAGAGAGUCGCUGCUAAGGAAACUGUCAAGGAGAGAGAGGAUUAGGUCACUGACAACCGCUCAGAGUCUUAGUAACAUCUAAGAGAAGAGGACAAGGAGUGAGGAGACAGGAGGCAAGGAGAUGAAAGAGCACAAACUGUGAAACAAGGAGAGACAAGGAGGCAGUAAAGGAAAGAAGGGGGUAAGCAGAGAGGAGAUCCUUGCAGAUCCUCCUGCAGGACUGGAUGACAUGUUGAGAAGUCAGCUAUGUAUGACCAGGGACAUAUCUAAAACAUGCAGGACACCAACCCUUGAGGACUAGAGUGUGGCCUCCCUUAUUUAGAAGGCAAGGAAUGAGGAGACAAUGACACAGGAAGUGAUGAAGAAGGACAGAGAAGAGAGCACUGUUCUCAGAAACAUGGAACAAGACUUUAACAAACACCCAAACCAUCAACACCUGAACUUUGCUCCCGUCUCUCGAUCAUUGUGUUGAUUCAUUUGUUAUGGAAAGCUGAUUAUUCAGAGCCGUUGCCAUGGAUACACAUCAUCGUCAUCAUCAUCAUCAUCAGUGAAGAUAAGGUUGAGAUGAACAGACUUUUUGUUUACCUCCUGGCUCCACUAAAAGCUUGUGUACAAAUGUUUCUGCAUUUAUGUUAGUAAAUAAAGCUGAAUAUAUGCUGAUGAAAAUAUAUAUGCGCUCAUGAACUACCUACCUACUAUCUACCUACCUCCGGAUUGAGCCCUCUGGUGCCUUCACAACUGCUUUAAUUCAUGAUGGCACUGAUCCAACAAGGUGUCAGAACCAUUCCUCACACAUUCUGGUCCAUAUUGGCAUUAUGACAUCACACAGUUCCCGAGGAUUCUUCAGCUGAACAUCUGUGAUGAGAAUCUCUUUUCCCACCUCAUCCCAGAGAUGUUCUGGACUGAGAUUUGGUGUCUGUGGAGACCAUUGGGGUAACAUUGUUGUGUUCCAGAAACCAGCUUGAGAUGAGGUCCCAACCAUUUGAUGCAGCUAAAACAGACUCAUUGGACCAGGCAACGUUUCUGCUCAGUUCUGUUCCAAUUCCAGUGUGUAUGUUUGAACUGUAGCCUCACUUUCCUGCUCUUAGCUGACAGGAGAGGCACCUGGUGUGGUCUCCUGCUGCUGUAGCCCAUCUGCUUCAAGGUUUCACAUAUUUUGAGUUCAAAAUGGAGUUCUGUAUACAUUGGUUGGAACCAGUGGUUAUCUGAGCUACUGUUGCUUCAUCUGGAACCAGUCUGACCAGUCUCCUCUGACAUCAAACAGGGGGACUGACCAUCACAUUUGCUGCUUUUUGGAUAUUUUCACUUUUAAAAAUUAUUCUCUGUAAACCUGAGAGAUGGUUGUGGGUGAAAAUCCCAGGUUCUGAAAUACUCAUACCAGCCUAUCUGGUCCCAACAACCACUCAGCAUUCAAAGUCACUUAAAUCCCUUUUCUUCCCCAUUUUAAUGCUCAGUUUAAAUGUCAGCAAGUUGUCUUCAACAUGUCUAGAUGCCUUAAGCAACUGCCAUGUGAUUGGCUAAUGUGCUGUCUGUGUUAACAAGUAACUGGUGUAUCUAAUAAAGUGGCCAGUGAGUGUAUAUGGUCUGUGUGUAGGAGCAGCCGUAUUUAGCUUGAGUCUGAUGAAAAAGGAAGAGGAAAAGAUGUACAGUGAUAUGAAACUGGAGAAGAAACCCCGCAAAAAUGCGACCACGUGACUUUUCUAUUCAAUAAAGCCUUAUGAUUGGUUGCAUUUCAUGGAGUUAAGCUGACGUUUGUGCUUUCACUGAGUCUCUGUGCUGCCAUCUGGUGGUAAAACUAUAGAACAGCAGAGAUUUUUGUGCUGAGAGUAUUUUAGAGGUGGUUAUAUUUUUUUCUAGGGCAUAAUGGCAGCUUUCUCAGUUAGCUCUUGCUUUAACAUGGUUCUGGGUGGAAGUACCAGCCUGAGUCUUUCAAUAUGUAGUUGUGUGGGUCUGGGGUUUGGGUUUGGGUUAGGUCCCUAAACGUGUGUGUGCGGUUGUUUGUCCUGUGUUGUUUUGUGUUGGAUUGGCUACCUAUCCAGGGUGUACCACGCGUCUCAAACAUCAGACUCUUUUACAAAACUUUUCCGCCUGAGGUCUGUAAAGAUGAGCUUUCGGCGCCGACACAAGACAAGCUGGGAUUUAAGUGGAGAUGGCGUUGUCCCACACAGCAUUCAUUUAUUCAUUUAUAUAGCACUUUAAAACAAACAGCUAAGGUGGCCAAAGCACUUAACAGUGACAUCACAGAAACACAGUGAGAAUAAAAAAGAGAACACAGAAACAUAAUGGCAGACGAACUCAGUGAUCCAAGCAAAUGCUUCAAAUAUACAUUUUCUGUCUCAUCUUUUCAGUGUUGGCUUCAGAAAUGAUUUUUAAAUUCUUGUAUACUUUUUAAAAUCACACUUUCCACAGGCAAACCCGGCUUGCCCCAUCCAAGCCAGCUAGUGUUAUAGGUGUAACAGAGGUGGGCCGAACCCAGACAGCCAUCUAGCCUGCUGGGCCAACUUUAAUCUGUCCUUGGUUCAAAUCCCAGCUCUGACCUGUAUGAAAUUUACAAGAACAUGUGCAUAUUUGCUUUUUAUAACUGGCUUGAAAAUUAUUGCUUUGUCCUGGGAUGUUACAAAACCUCUUGAAGCUGAGAUAGUUUCUGUAGUAAAUGACUGAAAAUUAUUCUGAAAGCAAUGAAUAAAUAUGACAAAAAAAUA